CUGUGCUCUCUCUCGGACAUAACUGUUGUUUAUAAAAAUGAUAACGGACUUUUUUUUGUCCUCUCCUCCUUUGCUUUCGCUACUUCUGCCACUCUUCCUUAUAUCGUCCUCACUAUUUGCAGAAAGCCUUGCUAUUACUUCCACAGCUGCGUAUGAAGGCAGAACAUGGAGGAACAAUAUCCAGUCUCUACAUUUCCUGACACCGUCAAUUUAUAAAGACGCACUCGUCAGACCGAUCCUUCUGAGCAGCAAUAUUUCAUAUAAUGAUGUGAAUCUCCAGUUUGGAUGUGGAUUCUUCUGUUAUGGCAGCCCUUGUGACACAAGCUACCUAUUUGCAACUUUCUCUGUUGUCUACACCACUGAUGGUAUGCUGCUUGAUAUGCAAAUGGUGUGGUGUGCAAACAGAGACCAGAUGGUGCAAGAAAACGCAGCCCUAACACUCACCUCCACAGGAGAACUUGUAUUAAGGAACUCAGAUGGCACUCUCGUCUGGUCUACAAAUACAUCUCCACAAGCUUUUCAAAGGAUGGCAAUACACGAAUCUGGGAACCUUGUUCUCUAUAACACCUCCGGUGGAAUCAUUUGGCAAUCUUUUGAUUAUACAACUGAUACCGGUCUGCCAGGGCAGAAGUUCAAGGUGGGACAGAAAAUUACUGCAAACAUUUCUCCAAAGGAUACAAGGAAAGGUCGUUUCUAUGGUAUCUUGCAGCACGAUGGAUUUGCUUUGUAUACAGCCUCAGCACCGUCUAAAAUGUAUUACAGGUACCCCGAGGCACCUGUAGAUGUGGAGUUAACUUAUUCCGUGAUCGAGAAUCAGUCCCUCAAUAUGUAUUCUCGAGGACGACGAAUACCGUCAAUUCAUUUUACAAUACCCAAAGGCUGCCUUUACUUUAAAUUGGGUUCAGAUGGACGCUUAAAAUUCUGCAUCGUCCAAAAAAAUCCAGGAAGAUCUGUCCUUAACUAUUCGCCAUGGUUCAUGAAAUCAGUGUUUCAGUGUGAUUCUCCAGGAGCUUGCGGAGACUAUGGUCUUUGCAAAAACGGUCAGUGCAGCUGUCCGGGAGAUGGCAAGGCUUUUAAACCGACUGAUGCCACAGAACCCAAUUCCGGAUGUGCUCCGCGCGUUCCUCUGGUGUGCUCACAGACUAGUAGGCGCCAAGGUCAUCACUUUUUGGAACUGGAGCAUGUUGCCUAUUUUACUUAUCUUUAUGAAAAUGCUUCGACGUCAGGUUUGGUGUCAAGAGAUGAAUGUAAAACACUUUGCCUCGAAAACUGCUCUUGCAAAGCUGCUUUUUUCAGGUACGGGACCAAUUUUUCGAGUGGUUAUUGUUAUCUAGAGUCCAAUAUCUAUUCUAUGACAACUAUGAGUCCAGUCGAUAAGUUUUACAAUUCCACUGCUUAUAUUAAAAUCCAGUCAACGUCCAAGCGCUUUAAGUCCAUAGUUGUCAUCAUCAUUUGUGUUUCUGUGGGUGGAGCGGUAGCUCUGUUUAUCUUAUUUUGGGCAAGGAUAAAAGGGUCUCAAAAUAGAAGACAGCAGAAAGUAAAGGAUGAGGAUGCAGGUGAGGAUGAUGUUGAUUGGUCAGCAGGCUUACCGUUGCGGUUCUCAUUCCAAGAACUGCAAGACGCUACAAAGGGCUUUAACAUUAAGUUGGGCAGCGGAGGAUUCGGUUCAGUUUAUCAGGGUGUUCUGUCAGACGGCUCAAAGAUAGCAGUGAAGCGCCUUCACAGAGCAGGACAUGGAGAAAAGGGGUUCAGGGCAGAAGUGGAAACGCUAGGGAAAAUUGACCAUCUCAAUUUGGUAAGACUGAAGGGCUUUUGUGCAGAAAAAUUCCAUAGAAUGCUUGUAUACGAGUAUUUACCAAAUGGAUCUCUUGAUAAAUGGAUAUUUUUUAACAAGAGUCAUCCAUGUUUGCUGGACUGGAAGAGCAGAUCCAGAGUAGUUCUUGAUAUUGCGAGAGGAUUAGCAUAUUUGCAUGAAGAAUGUCAAGAACGUAUAAUACAUUUCGACAUCAAGCCUCAGAACAUUCUCCUUGACCAAAAUUUCAAUGCCAAAGUGUCAGAUUUCGGCUUGGCAAAGUUGAUUAACAGAGAGCAAAGUGAAGUGAUAACCAUGAUAAGAGGGACACCAGGGUAUAUGGCACCUGAGUUGUUGAACAUGCAUAUAACAGAGAAGGCAGAUAUAUUUAGCUUUGGCGUUAUGGUGAUAGAAAUUGUCAGCGGAAAACGAAGCAGAGAGCUUUCAGAAAACGGCUUGUUUUCACUGUUACAAGUUAAGGCAGAGGAAGGGAGGUUAUUGGAUUUGGUCUAUCCGGGGCUUGAAAAUGAGGAAACGGGCAUAAAAGAGGAGGCAAUAAAAUUGAUAAAAGUGGGAAUGUGGUGUGUACAGGACAAUUUUACAAGGCGACCAGCGAUGUCCAUUGUGGUGAAGGCGUUGGAAGGUUUAAUAGACACCUUUAAUGAUGUUCCAUGCGCGUCACCAGGGUCAACAGUUGGUUCUUAUAGGCAGACUCUCUUCUCGGCUGAGCUGUCCGUGUUAUCUGGACCUAGGUAAUUUGUUUGUUUACUUAGUUUGCUCUGCAGAUUUUUCUUAUCAACGACCUACAACCAUCUCUAUUUUUUUUUCCAGUAUGUUUAAAUGUUAAAUAGGUCUUCAUAGUAUGUCUGUAAUCAGUCAUUCGCUAUCAUUAGAUAAAAUAGGCUUGUUUGGAAACUUUUGUAUGGUUACAAUCUGCCUGUAAUCAAACAAAUCAUUAUCAGCCCACGCUCAUAACAGGUCUUUCUCCUAUCAUCCUAGUUCUGUGUAUAUGGACUUCGCAUAAUUUGUCUUUAUUUAUUAGUACCGACUUAUAAGUCUAAUGUGUUCAUGUAAUCAGUUUGCUAAUAGUUCGCGCUGAGAGUUAUGCCAGCAAAAAUAGUUCGAGUUUCCAAUGUUUUUGUUAUCUUCUUUUUUACAAAUAUAUU